AUGUCCUCGGAAGCAGAUACUACUGUAUUCGAGACUCAAGUUGAUGGGCAGAGUGUGGAAAAUUCAGAUAACAACGCAGCUUAUUCUGCCUUUACAUUCGUGGGUGAGGAGUCUCAGCAGGAAGUGAAGCAAACUAAGAACGGGCAAGUUUGGAAUCAAACAUUUUUCGAGAAAACGGCCGCGAGAAGCGAAGAGGAGCGUAUAAUGCUUGAGAUCCAGCAGCUGAGAGACAUUGAUUCUACCGUAGGUACCAUAACUAAUCAGAGUCAAUACUCAUCGGAAAUAGUCAGCCAGAUAGAGCUGAACGUUGUUUCCCGUCGCAAUUGCCAUAUGGGGGCGCUAAUGGAGUACGGUCAAGAUGUCGAGGCAAUUAGUGAAGAUGUAGAGAGUGCGAUCAUUCGAGCAGCUGAUGACGUGAAAGUAACUGUAUCUACUAUAGACUCAAGAAUUUACGAUUUUGAAGCUGCGCUUUCAAAAGAUACAAUUUUACUGGCAUCAGACAAAGCUCAUAUACUAUCCAUGUGGAAUGAGUUGGAUGCUAUUUGUCAGCAGAGAACGGAUGCGAUUGCUCAAUUUGCUGCUCGAUUGGAUGGGAUCGAGCGAAGUCGGAUGCAUUGUGUGCGUGAUAGAUUGAAGCGAUUGACUUGUGCUUUAAUGGAUGCAGCAUAUGUGUUGCCUUAUGAAGUGGAACGAAUCAUUGAAAGUGAGGCAUACGAGGUGAAUACCGUAGUGAUCUCCAAUGGUGUAGUCUAUGCUGAUCUUGUGGCCAAGAUGGAUACCAAAAAUGUCGAUAUAUUCUUAAAGAUUAGACUGGCGUGGGAGCAGGCUCAGAUCCGUUGGCGUCACUUGCGGCAUCGUGAUGCAAUCACCAAAUUUCAUUCUACUCUUAGCUCUCCUUUAUUUACAGAUCCUGAUGAGAGACAGCACGUACAGAAGCAAAUUCGUGAUUUUCAGGAGAAAUUCUACACCGAGCAGCGUCUUGAUGUUAUUACGCAUUUGAGUGAUGCUGGCGUCACUUUGAGCUCCGUUGACGUGAAGCAGAUCCUAGAAAAGCUGAGAUGUAUGCGGCGGUAUGAAGAAGAAUCAAACCGUUCUUUCGAACUCGCCUUACAAGAUGUAGGUAAAUUAAAAAGUGCUGCUGCAAAUGUGCUGCGAGAAAGUCUUCGCUUCGAAUUGCAUGACUGUGGCGCUUUGGCAAAGGAAGGAAAUAUCGAAGAUGCCAAAACGGCUUUGGUUACACUGCUUCAUGACGAUGAAGCGGAAGAGCUUUUCAGUGCCGCUAGUGGGUUAAAAACAGAUUUGGACCAUUUAGCAAAGCAAUUAUGUGUCGCAAAUGUUAUUUACUGUGAUAAUUUGGCCCCUCUCUUAAGCUUUGUAGAAGUUCUCGUUAGUGCUGUUCCACUAAAAAAAAUGAUGGAAAAACAAGGUAAGGAUUUUGAACGAAUGGCUGUGCAGUUGACAUUGAAGAAAAUUCGUAAAGGCACGAAAAGAGAUAUGAUGGCGCUUUUGCCGAGUCUGCAUGCACAAGUGUUGAUGCUAUUGAAUCUUGAAGAAAUGGGGGACUGUUUUAAAGCAGAGCUUAGGGAUAUCGCAGCUCAGCUAAAAGCUACCCUUUUGGCGCAUGAUUCUCUUCACGGUGUUGAGGUAGCGGCUUCAACAUCGAUGACUACUAUGGAAACGUCAGCAUUGCCUUUGAAUGGCAAGACAAGUGACGCCGUUGAAGAAAAGCUUGAUUUGCCGGCGAUUCGAAAGGUUCAACGGCGCCUUGAAAACUUAUUAUAUACAUCUGAACUGGGGGCAUCCUGGCAGCAGCUUCUAAGUUUCAUCUUUGAACAGCUUUUGCUUCAGAACGCUGCUAAUCGAGUUGUAGAUGACGUAGUUACUCGUGAAUGCGACGAAGUGAUAGAAACACGGCAACAGGAAGGUAUGCUCUUUGUCAAAGAAAUUGAGAAACGGAUCGAGAUGCAAAGCACACAGCUCCACAACCGUGUCGAAAACGUUGUCAACUUUUUUCUUCGAGUUGUGCUUUGCCUUGAGGAAAUCAUUGACAGGGAUAAACACGUAAACACGAGCGCGAUGAGCCUUCUCGACACACUAAAAAAAAACAAUGAAAAUGCUCUUCAAGAUCUCGAGACUAAAUUGAUGCAGAGUUGUACGCGUCUGCGACACUCACCAAAUAUUGACAUCCUUCGUGACGAGUUUCAGCACUCGUCGGAUCUCCUGGAUCAUAUAGAAGAAAACUAUCGAACGUAUGCCGAGCAAGUUUCCUUGGCUGCAAAUAAUAAUGUCACUGUGAUAACCAAGCAGCGUCUGCUUUAUCGGCAGCGACUUUGCGAAUUUUUCGGUAUGAAACAGGAAAUGCAACCCAUCAGUGACAACCUGCUUGAUUUAGACAAAUUGCUUAGCAUGCAGUAUAAUGGCGAUCAGAUUUUGGAAACCUCUCAUCAAGAGAAGAAAGAGUAUGACGCUGUUGCUAGUGAAACACUUUUGAAGUCUUCAUCCACAUUCUUUACUGAAGAGGAGACGCUUCAAUGUGCUUUGGAUUCGAAUGUCGCAUUGUCACUUUCAGACCUUGCUCAGAGCAUCUUAUCACACGGUCAGACUAUUCAUAUAGAAGAGCAAUUACAGGAUAAGGAAGCCAAGCCAUUGUGCGAAGUAGAUGAUAAAGUUACUUUUCAUGCUGAUGAAGAGACGAUAGAUGUAUCUGCAACAUCAACGUCCCAAUUGCUAUCUGAAAGCGUUUCGAGUAAAGUUCAAGAGGAUUUUUUGGUCCUAAAUAUUCCCAACGCUAGAGUUGAAAGCUUACUUGCCAUAUUUCGAGACGCAGUAUUAUAUAAGUAUGACUUGGAAACAGCGAACGUGUCAAACCAAUCCAAAACAACGUGCGCUGAACGCCAUGCAAGCUCUGCUAUUCUUCUCAAGGAAAGAAUACGUAAUCACUGUCCACGCAAAGAAAAGCUGGAUUUGGAAAUUCACCAAACUCGAAUGGGUGAGCUUUCGAUCCACCAGAAACGACAAGAGCGAUAUUUGCGUGGACUUUGUUUGAUGGAGGAGAAACAGCAACUAAAAUUUGCGAAAAAAUUAGAAGAGUCUUAUGCUUACGUGGAACAAGUACGUAUGGUGUGCAUAAGUUUUUAUGCCCAGCUUCCUCUUCAGCUAAGCGUAGCAACACUUCAGUGCUUCGAAGCUCAAGCUAAAAAGCACCUUGGUGUUCUCAGAAGUGAAUCUACAAAGACCUUCAAGAUGCUUGAAGCGAUGACAGCCAUUGGUAACAAUAGAUUGCUGUCAUCUUGUCAAGAUUAUAUUCGCACUUGUUCAUUGCAGCUUUUCUCUGAUUUGACGAGCUUUCAGGUCGUCAGCAAAUGCGAUUACCACCCGAACGAAAUCAUUUCAAUUAAAGAGAAAUUUGUAACGCUUGAAGCGCGGGCUCGUGACCAGAUGCUAGAGCGAGAGAAGCAAAUUGAAGAAGUAAAAAACAAACAAGACCAAGUGUUUAAAAUGUAUGAAGGUUUUAAAGAAAGAGCUCAAAGUUGUAAGCAAAGUUUGGUAAUGAAGGAAGGGCUCAAUCAGACGUUACGUCUCCCUAGACGAAUUGCACUAGAGAGCAUCCGAGAGGAAAUGUCGCGAUGUAAAAUACGCUCAACUUUAGUCUCUGAGCUGCUUCGUUCGGUUCAAUCUGUUGUCGCCGGAGAGCACAGUGGUGACCAUUCACACGGACAGAAGGUGACGGGUGAUGCCAUACGCAUUCUCCUUCAGCUUCGUGCGAAAAUUUACUAUCUUGGAAUGUACCUUGGAAUCUUAAGAUGUCCAAAUCAGCUGGAACCCAAGCCUGUCGUACUCCGUCUAGGCAUAGGGCGAAAGAUAGAAGACAAAUACGAUGUCAUUCGCGACGAUGUGGUAGUGGAUAAUGAGGAUCGAAUGCUGGCGGUUCCAUUUCUGGAUUUCGUCGAUCAAGUCAAUAACAAAUGCCAACAAGAGACAAAAACGCUUCUCGAGCAUGACGUCAAAAACGAUGAGACUUCAAAAUCCAAUGUAUUUGCAGCUCUCGAAGAAUUUUUAUCCACUCAACUGGAAAAAGCACGCGAUUUUCUGAGGCUUCAAAGAACUUCGUAUCGAGAGCAAGUUCAAUUGUAUGCUCAUCUGUUGACGCUCGUUCCGGAAGUUGUCGUAAUAAAUAUGGCAAAGCAGGCAAAAGAGAGUUUACACCAACAAAGUUUCGAACAAAUGAGUACGCUCCAAUCUCAAUUGAAAUUGUGGUCAGAUCAAAAAACUAGCCACAUGUUAGAGUUGGGACCGCAUCUUUGCAAUGCUAACAACCUUCACCUACUGCACGAUUUAGAAGUGCGAGAGAGAAGUCGUUCCACAUUGACCCAAGUUGCUUUGCGAAAAGCUCGAGCAGAGUAUUUGGCAAAGCAGAUACAGAUGUCGUUGGAGUUUGAAGCUCAAUUUAUUGAACUCUGUCAAUGUUUUGUAUCGCUACUAGAUUCAUCAGUGUUGUCGCUUGAUGAUCUAAAGCCUUUUUCUAGCGAGGAAAACUCGGCGCACAAGCGCAAAUCGCUGAAGCGACUACGUAAAUUGGCGCGAGGUAAUGAGCUGAGCGACCCGCAAAAAGCUGCAUAUAGAAGUGCAAAAGUGCCGCAUCAAAUGUCUCAACAUGACGAAGUUCCUCGCUUUCCGCUGCGGUCAUGGCCUAGUAUUCCUACUGUUGGACUACAUCUGCAUUGGGCGGAAGUUAAAGCGAAGCUUUUGGCCGACAAUCCAACAGAUCGGCCUGACCUCGCCAUUUGUGAUUUGUCCAUUGUGCCAUUGACAUCCGAUGACGGUACAUGCGUCUCUCUUCUUACCCCGGCACAUCGAGCACUCAUCAAAGCUCGAGAUCGCGCCUAUGUCGAUUAUGGACACUUUUGUCGUGAGGAAACUAGCCGUAUUCUCGACAACAUCAAAGAAUGGGAUCAAGAUGAAGACAACUGGGCGCAAAAUUGGGAGAAAAAGAUUAGAAACAUCAAGAACAACAAUUGA